CGCUAGACUGACAUGUGAGUACUUGUUCAAAAAUAAUGGAUGUGGAACAUGUUUUUGAGGGCUACAUGUGGCACAUACAUUCGAAAUGAUGGCAACGUCCUCCAGUGAAAUACAAGAUGACCAAGUGGAAUGGCUUUCAACUCUUAGAGACAUUGAAUAUGAAAUUUGUGUGACAGAACAGCUCAUAGAUGCGAACGUGAAAUCUAACGACAAGUACAAAGAUGCAUACAUAAGCUCUGUUGAAUCAUGCAGGGAGGACUCAAUCGCUCGGCUUGACCAAUUAGUUGAAAAAGCGAAACAUGAAGGUAUCAGCAUUCACAAGAGUAAUGACGAAAGUUUAAAACAACUUGAACAAACGUGCAAGGAAACUAAAGAUAGAAUUGAAGAGCAAAAAUCUAUAGUCCGCGACUUAUCGCAGAAAAAGCAGCCACGGCAAUUAUAUGUUAUAUUGAGGAAGGAAUUACAGGAGAUGCGUACUGUCAUAAAACAGUCAUCUUUUCAUAAUCAUAUUGUACAAUUUGCAUUUGAAAUCAAUUCUAAAGUACAUAAUUUUCUGCAGAGCGAAAUCCAAGAGAUAGGCACACUUCAAGAAAUAUGCAUGGGUAGCGAUGAAGUGGUCGAUGAUACACACAGUUUAUCGAACUUAAGCUCAUUAAAGUUAACAGCACCACCCCCACUUCCACCGAAACCUGUCCUUAAACAUGUUCCAACCUCGCAGAAGAAAAAAAUGAGAAUGUGUCAACUCAACAACGAUGACAUUCUACUUGAUACCCACAUUUGCAAGCUAGAAGGCUCUUGUUUUGAAGUUUAUAAAGGCGUGCUUAAAUCGUCAAGUAGAACCAUCGCCGUUAAAGCCUGUUUUGAAACAAUGUCGGAAGACCAAGGAAAGACGCUUGCUAAAGAAGGAAAACUGUUAAUGCAAUUCGACCACAAAAACAUCGUGAAGCUCAUUGGUAUUGCCGCUCAGAGAAAACCGGUUAUGCUAGUUAUUGAGCAAUUUUCAGACGGAAUCCUUCGAAAUUACCUAAUGAAAAACGGCAAGAAUAUGACAAAUAUACAGAAGGCUAACAGUUGUCUUGACGUCGCCAACGGCAUGGUGUACCUUUCGAACAAUCGUUGUCUUCACAUGGACCUUAGAGCUUCUAACUGCAUGGUUGGUCGAUAAUAAAGUCGUUAAGAUCUUCAACUUCACCAAUUCGAUAGAGGCAGACGAGUUAGACAUUGUUGGAAACCGGCAACUUCCUUUGAAGUGGAUGUCGCUAGAAACGAUUAUCAAUGGGAAGUACACUACAAAGAGUGACGUGUGGAGCUACGGAAUUAUUAUGUGGGAGGUAUUUUCUAAUGGUACAUUUCCGUAUCCUGGAUGGACAUAUUCCUUAGCAGUUGACAAAGUUAAACAAGGAUACAGGAUGCCAGCGCCAGAGAACACACCUGAAAGCAUCUACAAGCUCAUGUUGAGAUGUUGGGACGCAAAAUCAUUAACGAGAAUAACAUUCAAAGAAAUGUGUACAGCCCUAACCCACUUGAUAGACAAUCCGCCGAAAGAGGAGCACUGGAGUUAGUGUUUAAGGCCUGCGUUUUUUUUUCGGAAUUAAUAAUAAACACGUCAAUUGCAUUUUGUCGCAGUGUUUAGGAAAUAUGUUAAUAAAGUUCAUUCAAGACAUUAACGAUGUACAAUGGGACGAGGCUUUCUGUUAAACAUAGUGCUAUAGAAUGCGGCAAACAUGUUUCGGUGAUGUCUAUAAGAAUGUAAAGUGUAGGUAUUUAAGACUGAUAUAAGGUUUGUCUUUUAAGCAUGUUCAUUCUAUAUUGUAUAGAGAAUAAUUAAGUUAGUACUAGUGUUGAAUACAGAUACGUUUAUUUAGCGCUGCUUAGAAAACCCAUAAAAGAGGCUAGUAUUGUAAAAGUUAUCCUUUUCUGUUUCUAUUUUAGAACCCAAUAUUAAUUUUGAACAAUUGGUCAGUACAAUACGGCAAAACAAAAUAACGUCAUAUUAACGAAGAUGACUCAAUUGUUUAUGUUUGUGACAGCUUUAUAACAAUCAUGUUAGAUAAAGCUAAGUUUGCUUAUUUGGGUUAAGUUCGACAAUAGAUACCUAAUAAUUGGAUAGAAAAACAAAUCAAAAUAUGUCGGUUAACCUUUCCAAUAUAAUAUGUAUAAUAUAUAAGUAGUAUAUUUUGCUAUUAUCUUCAAUUUAUGUAUGUAUUGUAUUCUUCAAUACAUAUUCUCUUUUAUUUGUGUUAUCGUUUAAAGUUUGGGUUCGUAGUAUACACGUUAAUACCUGUACCUUCAAUAUAAAAUAAUUGUAUGUACUUUUAUUUUCUGUGCUUUCCAGUACCGAGGAAAACAUAUAUCAACCAAUAAACAUACAUAUUUCUGUUAAUCACGUCAACAAUUAAUUGAGAUCAUAUUAUUUUUAUAGUAUAUGUUUUUUAAACAAAAAUCAAAACAGCAUAUUGGUUUUCGUAUUUUUAUAUUCAAGGGUAUUUUUAUGGACAGCGAAAGGUAACUAAGAUCUAACUGUU